AUAAAAAGCUGUUCUUCUCCCCUCAUCGCAUACGGCAUACCACACUAGAGCCGCCGCCGCCGCCGUUUCGCGCACCGUACCCUAGCCCUCGUCAGCGGCGGCUUCGAGCUCAUCCAGCCAUGACGUUCAAGCGGAGGAAUGGCGGACGCAACAAGCACGGGCGCGGCCACGUCAAGUACAUCCGCUGCUCCAACUGCGCCAAGUGCUGCCCCAAGGAUAAGGCUAUCAAGCGGUUCUUGGUGAGGAACAUUGUUGAGCAGGCUGCCGUGAGAGAUGUGCAGGAGGCCUGUGUACAUGAUGGAUAUGUUCUACCCAAAUUGUAUGCAAAGGUUCAUCACUGUGUCUCAUGUGCAAUCCAUGCGCACAUUGUCCGGGUCCGCUCUCGUGAGAACAGGAGGAACCGUGAGCCCCCGCAGCGCUUCAGACGCCGGGAUGAUGGCCCAAGGCCUGGUCAGGGCCCGCCGCGCCCAGGCGGUGCAGCUCCUGCAGCUGCAGCUGCUGCUGCUCCUCGUACCUAAGUUCUGGAAUUAGUUUCGGGGCUUAGUUUUGUGAAACAUUACCUGUUUUGAGAAACCAUUGUUACUGUAUCCCCUUGAUGUCAAACUUUUUAGCACAAUUUGUGGUUCUGAAAA